UGAAAAAAUGGCGAAAUUCGAUUUCAGAUGAUAUUUGAUUUGUUCUUGCAGGGUGGUAUUACUCCUUGGACCAUCUGUAUUGGGGAGAAUUACAUCAUACAGAAAACUAAUAUUCCCAAAUUACUCCUUUAAAAUGUUGGAGCCAAUGGCACAUCUGUCAAUAUCAUACUACGCAUUCCUAGUCGGUCUAAAAAUGGACGUAAAAUCAAUCCUUCGCACAGGGCCAAAAGCCAUGAAAGUAUCCAUAGCAGGAACCAUAAUCCCAUUCUCUCUAGGCUCUGGCCUAUACUUCAUCUUCGGCCCCAAAGAGGACGAGAAACUGGGCUUCCUUUUCUGGGGCGCUUCUCUUACAGUCACAGGCUUUUCGGUCCUAACCAAAAUCCUAGACAAGCAGCAAAUCCUCCACACCGAGAUCGGAAAGACAGCUGUCGCCGCCGCCCUCAUUAACGACCUGUCAGCGUGGGGUUUCUUGGCGCUCGCUUUCGCAGUAACAAGUUCCAAAUCGGACAUUCAGUGGGCGAUAAUCUGCACAAUAGCGUUCACACUCGUGUGCGUGUACUACGUGAGGCCAGCGCUGAGCUGGAUCAUCCGGAAGACUCCGGAAGGUCAGGGGUACAGCGAGUUUUACAUAUGCUCGAUCCUGACAGGGAUGGCGCUCGGUGGGGUCGUCACGGAUUUGUGUGGGACCCACCCGAUGAUAGGUGCGUUCAUAUUCGGGCUUGUGAUACCAAACGAGGUGCUAGAGGCGACCAUGGUGGACAAGCUGGAGGACUUUGUGAUAGGGAUAUUGAUGCCUGUUUACUUUGUGGUUUGUGGGCUUAGGACAAAUAUUGAUGUUAUCUCGAACGACACUAGUUGGGUUGUUGUGGGAUUGGUUAUAGUUUUGGCUUGCUCAGUUAAGGUGCUUAGCGCUCUUGCUGUAACCUUAUUCUCGGAUCUUACGGUGUCCGAGGCGGUCCCCGUUGGGUUGUUGAGCAAUGCCAAGAGUGUCAUGGUGUUGAUCAUUCUAGAAGCUGGCCAGCUACAAAAGGCACUCAACACACAAACAUACUCAAUAAUGGUGGUGGCAGUCCUCGUAAUGACAAUGAUCGUCACUCCAGCAGCAAUCUGGUUCCGCCCCGUCCAAAACACCAUCCCCUACAAGCGCCGAACAGUGCAAAAGGCGAAAUCGGACGAAGAGUUCCGAGUCCUAGCAUGCAUCUACAACACCCGAAACGUUCCCACCAUAAUCAACCUCCUCCGUACAUCCAACUCCAGCCAGCGGUCCCCCAUCAGCGUCUUCGCCCUCCAGCUAGUCGAGCUCGUGGGCCGGGCCUCCACCAUGAUGGUGGUCCACAACGCCCGCAAGGCGGGCCCACGCAACCCCAGCCACAUCGAGGCUCAGGCUGACCAGAUCAUUACUGCCUUCGACAACUACGAGCUUCGGUCGGAAGGCGUCUACACGCAGGCGCUCACCGCCAGGUGUGCCUACACCACCAUGGACGAGGACAUAUGCACCGUAGCCAAGGAGAAGAGGUCGGCACUCAUAAUUAUCCCCUUCCACAAGCAACAAACCAUAGACGGAGAAAUGGAGGAUAUCAACCCUUCGAUAAGGAGCGUGAACGAGGGCGUAUUGGCCAACGCACCUUGCUCAGUAGGUAUACUUAUCGACAGAGGGUCUGCAGAGUCGCACGACCACGCGAGAAACAUCGCCAUGCUGUUCUUUGGUGGGCCCGACGACCGGGAGGCGCUGGCGUAUGCGUGGCGGAUGGCGGAGGAUGCGAGCGACGUCCGCUUGACCGUGAUGAGAUUCAUACCGAGCUCCGACGCGGUGGAGGUCAACAAUGUUGACCAGAACGACGGCAACCACGUGUGCCUCCAAAUCGAUCUAGAGAGAGAGAAGCUUCUGGAUGACGACUACCUCAGCAAGUUCAAGAUAGCGACGAUUAAUAGUAAGUCGAUAAGCUACUACGAGUUGGUGCUGAACGACGAGGAGGAAGCGGUGAAGGCUAUAAAAUCGAUGGACGAGCACAACCACGAUCUUUACAUGGUGGGGAGGGGGAGAGGGAUGGUGUCGCCGCUCACGUCGGGAUUGGACGACUGGUGCGACUGCCCCGAGCUAGGGCCCAUCGGUGAUCUUUUGGUGACGUCACAGUUCGAGUCAUCGUUUUCGGUGCUGAUAGUGCAGCAGUACACGAAGGCGAACAAGAUGAGGGAGGGGUCGAUUAGGUCUACGAGCUCGGUGAAUUACGCGGAUGAGAUUGUGAUGAGGCCUUCGAUAAGUGAGAGUGAAGGGUUUGAGUCUUUUGGCAGUUUCAGGAAGUGGGAUAAUGACAAUUGAGUUGCAGUGCAUGCUUUGUGUUUGCUUCUCUACCUGAAACAAGUUAAAACAGUGUAUGCUAUAAAAAGAUUUGUUGAUGCAUUUUUUUUUAAAACA